CAAAGGCGACGAGCAAGUAAGAGAGCGAGAGAAAGCGUGAGCGUGCGUGCGUGUGUGUGUGUGUGUUUUUCGGCAAGCAGCAGCAGUAGGUCGAUAAGCAUCGCUCGCACGAAUUGAGCAAUACUCAGUGGACUCAAUCAAACGGAUCGGGCAGUUUAGUCAAACAGCGGCACGCUGCAUGCGCACCAGCAAGCAGCUAGUGCUUCCAGCUCCCAGACGACAUUCCAGGCCAACCCAGACGGCUAGUGCGUUCGUACCGCCAAUCGCAGAUAACGCCACGGAAUUCCCACGGAUAGUGACGCCUUGCGCAGCACCAAACACCACCUGGUGGAUCACGGGUGGAUCAUGCGAACGUUGAAGCUGCGUGCGGCAAUGGCCGCCCUGUGUGGCGUUCGGAGUGAUCGCCGGUUCACCGUCGACCUGCUGGCCAUCCUGUUCGGCAUCGGUUCGUGGCUCGGCGUCAACUCGGUGUACGUGCAGCUCCCGCUGUUGGUGCAGCGGGCACCGGAGGGCUGGAAUUUGCCCUCCUUCCUGGUCGUCACGAUCCAGCUCGGCAACAUAGGGCCACUGCUGUACACGGUCGGUGCCCGGGCGGCGCACCGGAAGUCGUUCCGCGAUGCCUACCUCAUCUGCGCCCUACUGCUACUCGGUGCCGGGGCCGCCCUAGCGACCUCGUUCGCCUACGACCGCACGGUGCACGUGUUCGGUGCGGACCGCUCGGUGCCACUCUUCAUCACGGUGUUCGUGCUGGCGCUGGUCGGGUGUACCAGCUCGGUUCUGUUCAUGCCGUAUAUGGGCCGGUUCCGGGAUGUCUACCUCAUCACCUACCUGAUCGGCGAGGGUUUCAGUGGGUUCGUGCCGAGUAUCGUGGCGCUAGCCCAGGGUGUCGGCGGGAAUGCCGAGUGUGUGCUACGCAAUGACACCGGCAUUGGCAACGGCGGCGACCAGCAGGAGCAGCACCAGCAACCACCACCACCCACCUACGAAGCCUACACCCCGCCACCCCGCUUCGGCACCAACGUUUACUUUACGAUCUCGUCCGCCAUCCUGCUGGUCAGCUUCGUCGCGUUCACCCUCCUCGACCGGCUACCGGUGGCCGUGGCCGAACAUGCCGCCGAUGUCACGAUCGCCAACGGUAACCACUACACGUACGAGACGCAGGCGGGCCACGAGCGGGCCGACCGGAAGGACGGAAACUCGGAGCCACGUCUGGCGCGCUCCUCCUACUGGCUCCUGAUGACGCUGAUCGGCAUCAUGUGCCUGUUCGGUAACGGGUUUUUCCCCAGCAUCCAGUCCUACUCCUGUCUACCGUACGGGAAUGUCGCCUACCAUCUGGCCGUCACGCUCAGCAGCAUGGCCAAUCCGGCGGCCUGCUUUCUUGCCUUCUUCGUCCACCGGAACACGGUCCGGCUGAAUGUGGUGCUGGUCGUGGUGUUUGUACCGUUCGCGGCGUACGCUAUGGUGACCGCCCUAACCAGCCCGGCACCACCGCUCAUGCACCAGACCAUCGGUUCCAUCCUGGUGGUCGCCUGCUGGACCGUGCUGAUCGGGCUGGUGAGCUACGUGCGGCUGGCCAUCACCACGCUGCUGCGGCGCGAGGGUGGCCAAACGCUCGUCUGGGUCGGUGUCGCGUCCCAGCUCGGUUCCCUCGUCGGUUCGCUCCUCUCGUUCGGGCUCGUCAACUAUACCGGUGCGUUCGAGCAGUACUACCCCUGCUGAGCCCCAGUAUCAAGAGAGAGACAGAGAGAGACAGAGAGAGAGAGAGAGCUAGAUUACCAAAAGGGCUUCUAGAAUGUACUGCUGCUGCUGGCCCAUCCCGUGUGUAGGAUAGACCGUCACCGAGUGGGGUGACUGAUGCAACCGCUCCAGUAUGAACGCGCGUGCCCCCCCCGGGCCAUUAGUUAUUAUCAAUGAGACGAUGCCGCCGACACCGUCGCCAAUCUCCUUCUCGAAAUGCGCUCCCCCGCCCUCCUUUCAUUCCUUGACAUCAGCGAAAGGCGCAACAAAAAACAAAAAAACAACAAAAGAAAAAAGGCAAUAAAGUGGACCGUGCCCACUGUCUAAGGCGCCCGGAUCGGGACCGCGGACAAAUGUA